AUGGGAAACACUCUAGGAGAUAUGGUUAAACAAGAGUCCAAAGAGCUUCAAUGAAAUCUCUUGCAGUCUGACGCAUUUUAUUUAGAAUUAACCAGCAAUACUUUUCAAGACAGAACUCCCCAAGACAUCUGCAAAUCAGUCAUAAAAAACAGCCAAAAAAUAGAAUGGAUAUGACAGAUAAUGCAAAAAAUUACACAAUCUUGAAAUACACCAAACCUCGUCAUAAACCUAAUGUUGAUGCUAAAGCAUUUCUUUUUGUUUGUAUUUUCUGAAGGAAUUCCUUAUCAAUUCCUAUUUCAUCACAGAGCUGAAAACCACGUGGAAAACCAUGAUUCAUCAUUCCAUAGACUAGUUCCUUGCCAUCUUACCUAUAAAGGAGAAGGUAGGACUAUCUAUAUUAGUGUCCCUCAGUCCUUAACAUAUGAAAAGCAAAAAGAGCAAGCCUACUUAAUCGAAACAAUUAAAUCGAACUUUCCACAAGUAAAUGACCAUAUAACGAGAACAAAUGAGAGGAUUUAUAUGGUGGAUGAUGAUGGGAGGAAUGCGGACAUUGAUGACAUCUAUAGGCAUUAUAACGCAGAGUCAGCUGAAGAUGUACUGAGUGACCCAUUUAAAAGAAGCACAAAAAUUUACUCAAUUUUUAAAGCCAAUAUAAAUACAACUGAAUGUGACAUGGAUUCCCCUAUGAGCAUUUUCUUAAAAGAACUUAUAGAAAACUUAGCAAAUUCAGACACAGAUAAAGAAAUUCAUAAAAUGCAAACUGGGAUAAAUUUGCUUUUAAUCCUUUUGUCAAGCCAGCUUUAUUAUGUUGAGAAACCAAUCAGCAAAUUAAGGUAUUCUUCAUUUAAACCUUCUCCUGUGAUUGAUAUUCUUAUGAAUCUUAUCUUAUCUUAUAGAACGUCCACUACAGGGUGACAACCCCAGGUACUAUCACUCGCCUUGCGUCGCAUCGGGCCCACAUGUCGCUGGGGAUGGCCUGCUUCGAUCUCCAGGGUGCUUCUCGGGAGAGUGUUCCGGCUUCGAAGGCUCAUGAAUGAGCUACUUGCUUGGGUUGCUUUUCCGAAAAACCCAAAAAAUGGAUUUUUCUGGUCGGCUAUCGGCAAAAAGGAAAAACACGUAGCCUGGGACGUAACGCCCAGUUUCACGCUAGGAAGUUGCCCGAUUGGUCCUAACGGACUCUGCUGAGCUUCCCCUUUCCAACUCCGUGCCCUCCUUCCCCACGAGGAAAAAUCCACCCCUGAGAAUAGACUAAGACUAGGCUCUGAAACACACCAGAAUUGCUUACCUAGUAUUGCCGUCCAUCUCUAGAAUGGUAAAACCUUGCCGGAUAUAAUUAAAUAUGAGUCGAGGCUGCAUGGCCGGGAGGCCAUGCCCAGACAAGACGCCAUAUUUAAUUAUGAUAUUCUUAUGAAUCAACCUAUUGAAAUCGGUCAGCAAUUUAUAUGGAAACUGUUAGAAGUUACAAUAAAAUACUGAAAAAUUGAGAUGCCUAAGUUAGGGUACCUUUCAGUAUUAUGAAAUAACAACCUUAAGAAGCUGAGAAUGGAUGAAAGCGUAUAUGUAGCACCGAGGCAAGCUUUAUCUUUGUUUUUGUUUCUCCAAGGUUAUUAUCGUGCCAAAAAUCCUUUCUCAAUGAGAAAUUGGGAAAUUUCGUGAAACGAGAUAGGCAGGCUGGUUUCUGAGUAAGGAAUAUUUAGACAAAUAGAAAACUCAAUGAUUCUUUUAUUGUUUUACAAUUUAUCGGCACACAAUCCCAGCUUUCAAACCUAUUUGCUUUCUCUUACAGAGCCUGAAAGAUUUUUAGAGCCUAUGGCAUGCUAUUUGUACUCAGCUCCUAAAGAUUGUUUUCGACUUUAUUUAACUUUAAUUACAAUACACAGACUUGCAAAUGACAGAAACUUCAUCAAAUUUAUCAAUAAUGAUGUGAUUCUUCAGCAAAUUCCUUGGCUUCAAGAUUUUCAUAUAGACUCAAUCAGCUUACUCCCCCCCCCUCUGUGAGUGAACAAAAAAAUUUUGUUCACUCAUGGAGGGGUUAUUUUUUUUUUUUAAAAAAAUUUAUAUAUAAAUUUUUUAUAUAGAAAAUUUUUUUUCGAAAUUUAAAAAAAUCCUAAUUCGCAAAAAUUGGAAAGCAAAUAAUAAUUUAAUUUAUAAAAUUUAUGUUUUAAAAAGCAAUUUGUUUAAAAAUUAAAUAGAAUUAGCUCUAUUUUAUUAUACUAAUUAUCACUUAUAUAUCAAAAUUUUUUUCCAUAAAAAAAUUUUUCUAUUAAAAAAAAUUUUGUUCACUCACGGAGGGGAGUUAGGAUCAUUGCUUUAUCUAGGAUUAAUAAAAAUUUAUAGGGAAAAUAUCCGUGGCACAAAAGAUGAAUAUUUGCAUGUCAUUUCCUCCUCAUGCUUAUUUUUUCUUGCUGAGUUUUCAGUGAAUCUCCAUGAAAUUCCAAGCAUGGAGCUGCUAAACAUCAUAAAAGCUCUGGUAGUAAAGCAUAAUAAACUAAUUGCUGCUGAAACGCCAGCUUCUGAAAUAGAUGCAAACAAGGACCUUAUAUAUCUCUCAAUUGAUAUUUUGACCAAAAUUUUGUUUUCGACUUAUACAACAAAUUCUUAUUUAUUAUACGCAAUUCUCCACCAUUCAGAGUUAUUUACUAAGCUUAAAGAGUCAGAUUUAUUAUCAACAAAUAUUGAAAUUAUCAAUGAAAUAAUCAGCUACUUGUUGGCGCAUAUAGAAACCGAAAAUAUUAUGGAAGGAAUUAAUACUUUUUGUAAGACCUUUAAAUUUAGUAGGGCUCCUGAAUAUUUGAUUUUCAAGGAUAUUACAAGCAUUCAGUUCUUUGAAGAAGGGAGAAGAUGGGAAGAAUGCAUAAUCCCGUAUCUUUGGGCUGAAACUGUGAAUGGGCUAAUUACUUUGCCAAAUAUGGAAAAGAUAUUGCUUUUUAAAGUAUAA